GCGGUCUCACUGAUUUGGUGCUUCAGUUCAAGAUGGCGAACGAUGCGAGCAAGCUACUAUUAUCUUCAAACCAAGAAAAAACCAGUCAUUAUACCUACUUGAAGGAAUUCCGCGUGGAGCAGUGCCAAUCGUUCCUGCAGCACAAAUGCAAUCAGCAUCGCCCUUUCGUUUGCUUUAAUUGGCAUUUUCAAAAUCAGCGUCGUCGGCGGCCCGUGCGUAAACGCGAUGGCACAUUUAACUACAGCGCUGAUAAUUAUUGCACCAAAUAUGAUGAGACAACUGGAAUCUGUCCUGAGGGCGAUGAAUGCCCCUUCCUGCACCGCACAGCCGGUGACACAGAGCGUCGCUAUCAUUUACGCUACUACAAGACAUGCAUGUGCGUCCAUGACACAGACAGCCGUGGAUACUGUGUAAAAAAUGGUGUGCACUGCGCUUUUGCGCACGGCAUGCAGGAUCAGCGGCCUCCUGUAUAUGAUAUUAAAGAGCUGGAGACACUGCAAAAUUCGGAUAUAACUUUGGACGGCACCAAUGCACAAAACGCACUCGAUAAGGAACGGAAUCUUAUGAACGAGGAUCCCAAAUGGCAAGACACCAACUAUGUGCUAGCCAACUACAAAACCGAGCCGUGCAAGCGUCCGCCGCGACUAUGUCGCCAGGGCUAUGCCUGUCCCCAAUACCACAACAGCAAGGAUAAACGUCGCUCGCCCAGGAAGUACAAAUACAGAUCGACUCCAUGCCCCAAUGUCAAGCACGGCGAGGAGUGGGGCGAGCCGGGCAACUGUGAGGCCGGUGACAAUUGCCAGUACUGUCACACUCGCACUGAACAACAAUUUCAUCCGGAAAUCUACAAGUCGACAAAAUGCAACGAUGUACAACAGGCUGGCUACUGUCCUCGCAGCGUAUUUUGUGCUUUUGCGCAUGUGGAACCUUAUCUGGUCAACGAGCAGAAGAUGCGUGAUCAAGAAAUUGCUUUGAGCGAACUCAUUUCCAAUGGCUUGUCGGGUUUAAAAGUGCAGGAUGAGGUCGCUAAUGGCAAGCUGUCAACAGGACUGCUCCAGCUGAGCAAUAAUUUAUUAAAUAUUGAUGGUAAUAAUACAACCAACAAAAUGUUGGUAGAUGCUUUGGAAAAUACAACUAAUUCCAGCAAAAUCUUAAAUAUAUCACUACCACUGGACAGCCAUCCUUGCUCAUUGGACGAUCCACGCGAGAACUCGCUUUCGGCAAGUCUGGUUAACAAUAGUUUAUUAACACGUUCCUCGGCGCCAAUUAACAUUCCUAAUACAACACUAAGUAACUCUAUUAACGACUUCAAUUCAGGUGGCUUUGCCGUCAACAUUCCCAGCAGCUCGCUCACCUAUAGCCCAACAAAUCAUGCCAAUCUUUUUAAUGUGUAUGGCGCAUCCAAUAAGCUGAGCAAUUCGCUUUCGGCCGCCACGCAGAACGAUAACAAUAGCAUCUUUUUUCCAUCGCGCAUAAUAUCGCCUGGCUUUGGCGAUGGCUUAUCUAUAAGCCCAUCAGUUAGAAUAUCGGAAUUGAACACCAUACGUGAUGACAUCAACAGCAGCUCGGUGGGCAACAAUCUGUUUGAGAACACACUGAAUACCGCAAAGAAUGCGUUCAGUUUGCAAUCACUUCAGUCUCAAAAUAAUACCGAUUUGGGUCGUAUGACCAACGAGUUACUCACAAAGAAUGCGCAAAUUCAAAAGUUAUCUGGACGGCUUGAUGAGCUUAUGUGCAAGCUUAAGAUAGCCGAACUGCAUCGCGACAAGGCCAAACAGGAUGCACAGGAGUGGAAGGAUCGCCACGAUCUAGUGCAGAUACAACUUAAUUUGCCUGGCGAACUUCGCGACCUAUCCAUACAAAAGCUUAAGCAAUUGCAGUCAAAACUGCGCACCGAUUUGGAGGAGGUAGACAAAGUAUUAUACUUGGAGAAUGCCAAGAAGUGCAUGAAAUGUGAGGAAAACAAUCGCACCGUUACGUUGGAGCCAUGCAAUCAUCUGUCCAUUUGCAAUACAUGCGCUGGCUCUGUUACCGAGUGCCCCUAUUGCCAGGUGCCGGUACUCACAUCGCAUACAUAGAAUUUGUUUCAACCGUUCCAGGACUACAAAUGAAUAGAUUCCGUGUCCAGUAGGUAUAAAGUCUGGUCUCAGUGACAAUGGACGAUGGAAACAAAAUACUUUAAUCGUAAGCAGUGUUAGUUGACUAGGAAAGGCAGAGCUUACACAUAUGCUUAUAUAUAAUUUAUAUUUAUCUAUAUGCAAAUUAAUUAUCUUGGAUAUUAGCAAUUACUAGGCACAAAAUAUGUAAUUCGUUUAGCAAGUUGCUAUGCAUUUGAAGUUUACAAAUCGUCUAAAUAACGCUACUGGAAACUUCUUAA